GACUUGUCGAAUACUGUAGCAUAUCGUCGAAAGUGAAGUCAUCAAUUGUCUCUGAACUGGAAAUAAAUAUUCUGACAGUCCCGAGAUUGAUGACAGUAUGCUCGACACAAAAACACUUUUCCCAACAUUUCAGUUGCAAAGAUGCUUUCCAUCGCGACGGUAGCAUUUUUCCUCAUUAGCCAAACACUUGCCGAUUCACAUCUUGUGUCCGCUGGCCCGGAACUUGAUCUCGUUCUCAAUAAACUUGGAGAACACGAGCUGGAUCUCGUCCACUACGAACAACAAAACGACGAGGACAUUGUAUAUAUACGUAAACGAUCGCCAAGCCCCGAAACAUUGAAUUGCCCAGUAGCAUUAGACUGUGAGGACUACGAUCCUUGGGCACCUUUGGAGGACCCUGCAACGGUAGCAAAAAGAGCCCUGAUCAAAGAUCUCAACGACGAGCUGAAAGCAAGAGGAUCGGCAAAGGAGAGUAAAAUAUGUGUGGUGAAAGACGCAAAGACCAAAAAGGAAAAAGGCAUAUCAUUCAAAUCUCAUCCGUAUCCUGACGCCAAUCCUGAUAAGUUCAGCCUAGAUGAGAUGGUGUUUGAUUUCAAGGAAAUCAAAAAGCCAAACGAAGAAGGUUAUUAUGAGAUCGGAAAAUACAAGUACUUGAAGGAUACUCGUGCAUAUGCAACUGAGCAUAUCCUUGAAUGGCACAUGCUGAAAAGGUUCCUGAUGCAGCAAAGUGGUUUGACUAAUAAAGAAAAUGAAGAGAAAGAUGACAAUGACGAAGGGAAGGAGGACGAAGAAUGGUGUGAUGACCUGAGAACAUACUGGAAUGAGGACCUAGACUUUGAGUUCGAUUUUCCGGUCGAGCAAAAGGUGAAUAAGAAGGGAAAUACAGAUAGAUGGGAUAAAACGAAAAAAAAACCAAAACUAUUCAAGGACAUUACGGCCCUCAACUUUGUUGGCCAGGCAUUCCCCGGUACUGAGACAACAAGUCCUUACUGGGAUGAAUUCGUAAUUUUGGAAACGGUAUUGAACGGUCGAAAGAUGCAGCUUUGGAAAGGGAACAGUCUUUCUCCGAAAUUGUCCGUUUCUAAGAGAACUGGCAAAGCGGGUGACACUAAGAAAAACCGCGAAACGCUGCAGUUCAAUCUCGAGAAAAACAUAUGGUACGAUCACCAAGACAAAACAACGAAAUCGCAGACAACAACAGACCGAAAAGAUGCAAAUGGUAAGACUGUUACUGUCAAUAACAAUGAAGGCAAAGUCCAAGGUCUGGCAAAGUUUCGCGAUGUCCUCGGCGUAUACAAAUAUCAUCAGGACGCGGACGUUGUAAAAUUCAUGAAGUCUCAAAUACUCCGCGUGGCAGAACAUUUUCAACACAUGGACGAGGUCGUGCUGCCUGAGAAAUUCAAGACUCAGAAUUAUAAGCCGAAGGGUUACGCUGAGAAGUGGCUCAAGUACAUGGAAAAGGAAUACGAUCACAGAAUUGAGAAAAUAGAAGAGUGGAUGGAAACAUGGUCAAAACACAUCGCCACAGUGAGUCAAGGAAAAUCGGUGUCAAACUUGCAGAAGAUGUUCCAAAAACGGAACCUUGGUGGGAAUGGAUGGACGGGCCAGUGUGGUACUGCCGUUGACGAAGAAUUACAAGAACGGGCAAGGCUUCUCUUGAAAGCGUAUGGAAACAAGGGCAAGAUGAAGAACCCUAUCAAGGAUAGUCGACCGGGAUCACCUAUGGACACUGACAGUACGUAGAGUAAAUACAUUUUGUGCGUUCUUUUGAUUGUCUUUCUCGACUUGGCGUUAU